UCGAGUCACAACGGUGGGGGGGGCGGCGAUAAAAGUCUCCUGCUCCAAUGGCGGAGCACACCGGCUGGGCGGCUCAGCCAAUGAAAAGCGCCGCCUCUGGUUCUGGACCCGGCCAACCGGCGCGAAGAGGAACAGGUCGCCGGGCUUCGGAUCUGCGCGUGCGCGAGGUGACAGGUUGGUUCCAGCGGAGGCAUGGAGGGAGACGCGGCCCGAGGGUAAGAGGUUGGGGGGCCCAGGCGAGGGGGAGGGGGAAGAGGAAGGGGGCACAUGAGGAGGCAGUUGGGGAAGGAAAGAAGCUCAGGGGUUUGUGGGGCAGACGUGAGGGAGAAGGGACAGGGCUUCGGGGUGGGGAAGGGGAAAACAGGUUCGGGGGGACAGAGGAAUGGGGGCAACCCCAGAGGCGGCUGAGGUAGGAAAGGGUUUGGGGAAGGGGAAAAAGUUGAGAGAGCAGGAGUUUCUUAAUUUUCAGGGUCAUGGGUUCGAGUCCCAAGUUGGGCAAAAGAAUCUUGCAUUGCAGGGUUCUAGAAUCAGGUAAGUAGCUCUGUUGAUCUGACGCAGACCAUAUAUAUAUAAAUAUAAAUAUAUUAAAUAAAAUAAAAUAAAUUGUCCAGUAGCACCUUAGACACCAACUAUGUUUGUUCUUGGUAUAUCUGAAGAAGUGUGAAUGCACAUGAAAGCUUAUACAGUGGUACCCUGGGUUAAAGUAGCACAUGGCUUAUACAGUGGUACCUGGGUUAGAACUUAAUGCCGAUCGUCCAUUCUUAACCUGAAGCACCACUUUAGCUAAUGGGUCCUCCCGCCGCAGUUCGUUCCUGUUCUCAUCCUGAAGCACAGUACCUGAGGUACUACUGGUAGGUAUCUGACCUAGUUCCGGAUUCUCUGUUCUGUAACCUGAAGCAAGCACCUGAGGUACUAGUCCUGGUCGGAGUCUAUCCUGCUGCACCUGUUAGAACUUAAUUCGUUCCGGAUUCGUUCCAUUCUUAACCUGAAGCACCACUUUAGCUAAUGGGUCCUCCCGCCGCCGCCGUUCUUCCUGUUCUCAUCCUGAAGCAAAGUACCUGAGGUACUAUUUCUGGGUUAGCGGAGUCUGUAACCUGAAGCGCCUGUAACCUGAGGUACCACUGUACCAAGAACAAACUUAGCUGGUCUCUAAGGUGCUACUGGACAACUUAUUUUUUUAUUCUUAUAUUUUGCAUUGCAGGGGGUUGGACUAGAUGACCCUGGGGUCCCUAUCUCAACCCUACAAUUCUGUGCUUCUAGUUUUGAGGGCACACCUAGAGAGAGAGGUCCUGGGGCUCUCCCCUCCUCAGCCACACCCCUCACCAGCUUUGCCCCACUUCCCGCCUCUGAUAUUUGCAUGGCUGGAAUGGAGGAAAGUGUCCCAACUUUUUGCCUCCAGACCCACCAAUCGUUGGCCAGGCUUGGGGUGGCAGCUGAGGGGAGGGGGCGAGGGAGGGGUGAACAGUGACUGCUUUACAGCAAAAGGUCCCUGCCACAAGGAGCUUGCAGCCAGAAUUUGGCACUGGGAGAGAGCAGAGAGAGGGAAAAGUUAAUGCUUUCUGUGUGUCAGCCAGUGAAGCUUUGUAUAGUUGGUGAGCCCGGUCUGCAAGCGGAUGUCAAAAUUGGGUUUGAAGAGGAAGAAGGCAGCAUGUUUGGGAGCCUGUUUUCUGUGUGGUCAGCUGCUGAAGCCAUUCAGGAAUACAAGGAGCAAAGCUCCCUGUGAGCCUGUUUUCCGGAACCUGAAGCUGGUUUUAGUGUCUAGGCACCAAAUGUAAGAAGCCAAAACAGUGUCAUCUUCCUUCCUUCCUUUUCUCCAUCUCUCUCCCCUGCUCCCUACCUAUUUCUGUUACCGGUUAAGGACAGUAGUUGUGUUAAGGGUGUGUUGACCUGAGGGCUGCCUUCUUUGACGGGCAGCCUUCCACGGACUGUGUGCCAGUCUUGGGCAGGGCUGGAGGCAAAAGCUGUGCAGGUGGAUGGGUGCGGCUCUCACCUUUACCCAGGUGGCUACAUUCCAGACACACCCAAACAUACCUGUCUGUUUGCUAUCCAGCCAAGUUACCGUAAUUCAGAGACCCGUUCCAACCAGAGGAAAACAGUCAAGGAGGAUAUGGAGCAGGUCUUGUGAGGGGGGGCAGCCUGAGGGCCGGUUAGAGAGCCCUGGAGGGCCACAUUGCACCUGCAAGCCACUGGGUCCCUAUCCCAGCACCAAGGAGUUGCAACAUUAGAAUAUUGCCAUGUUCACAUACUGCUCAAAUUGGCAGUAGAUGAUUAGCAGCCAGACACACUGAUGUUUCCUCCAACACAAUCGUCCCCCCACGUAAUGUGUCCAUUGUUUAAUUUCCAAAGUGGGAAGUUUUGGGGGCUCAGCCCUGCUGGGAUUUGCAUUCUCCGUUCCGGAAAACCUGUGUUUGACCCCUUCUGAUGUGCGGAAACGGUGUAUUACUCGGGUGCAGCUGUGAGAGGAUAAGGGAGAGGAUCGUGGUGGUGCUGGUUGUUGGGUCUCUUAGAAUUAAGAGGCCUUUUAGGAACAUAUACAGAUUUGGGUCACUUGUAUACAGCCAUUCUGCCAAUGCAGAAAUUGCAGUUUGACGUAGCAACUUGCAGCAACCUUCCCUGACCUGGUGCCAUUUGUCGUGCAAAAUACUUGGAGGGCACACCGGGUUGGUGAAGCCUGGUUUAGAGGAAGGGUGGGUUCAGUACCAGGGGCUGCUGCCCCUGUGCACAUUGCUUGCCAAUCCUGCCAAGCCCCGCCCCCUGAGCACCCUCAAGCCCCGCCCCCAUAGCCUCACAGCUCCUCUGUGUCCUUCCAUCCCUGCUUUCUUCAACUCUAUGCUGUUGUUUAAAACCACCCUUUUACAACCCGCCUUCUCUCUUUUCCCUGUCCCCUCCCAUGGCUUCAUGCAAAUCCAGGGUUAUGAUGUGGCAAUACCUAUUCACCAAUGGGAGCUGUGUGAUGACAGCCUUACAUUUUAUGUAUACGGCAUAGGAAGAAGGGGGGGGGAACCAAUCGUGUAAAUAAAAUCUCCUUUUUUUUGUAAAUAAUCUUUAUUGCUUUUAAAACUUACAAGAAAAGAAAAAAGAAGAAAAAAGGCGAGAGAGAAAGACAAAAUAGAGCAGAGAAGGGAAAAAAAGAGAGAAAAGAAAAAACAAUACAAUAAACAAUACAAAGCACAACCUUAACACACUAAACUAAAAGCAAAACAACAACAAUUUAAACAAAGCAAAACAACAAUUUAAAAACAUAUACCAUACCAUUUCAUUACUCUGUCUUUCAUUCCCUUAUUUCAUCGACCUCCUCUCACCUCCCUUUUUGUAUUCCACUUCUAUUACUUGUUUCAGCAAUUCCUUUCCAUCUUUCUCAAUUUUUGUCAUUAUGAAUAUCUUAACAUAUUUUUUACCUUAUUUUCCAUUAAUACUAAAAUACUUAUUUAUACUUAACUCCUUAUAACAUUUCUGCUAAAGCCAUAAAGUUUCAUUCCAACAAUUUUCUAACACUCAUUAAAUUUACAAUAUUUCUAUAUAUAAACUUUAAACUUUCCCAAUCUUCAACCACCAUCUCUUCUCCCUGGUCUCUGAUUCUGCCAGUCAUUUCCAUCCAUUCCAUAUAGUUCAUCAACCUGGAGAUCUUCUGUCCAAGGCUCUUAAAUCUUUUCCAAGUCCCUUCUGCAGUUUUUCUUCAUAUUCUUUGAUGCUGAAGAUGCUGAAGCGCAGGUCUUGGGGGGGCCCUGACCCAACCAUGCCCCCAUUCCCUCUCGACAGGCCAACCAACUCUCCACAGCUAAAACCAAUGUCCAUACAAUAUCUCAAAUCAUGUUUCAAGGCUCCUCCAGAUCCAAAGGCCCCCACAACUCCAAUCACCUCCUGACCCAGAUUCAGGACCCAAAGGUCAGUAAAUCUCUGCAUGAAAGAGUCUAUCCAACCUUCCUUCUCCAAUCCAAGCAAGGCUCCAAUCUUCAAAUUCUGACUUUUUCUAUAUUCAUUCAUAAAAGGCUUCCACUUAUAGUCCUCAAUUUGCCUCUGUAAGACUGGGGCUUCCACUUGUAUUAUUUUAGGUUCAACAACACCAACAUUCUCCUUCGUCUUCUCCCCAGUUUGUCCUGUCAAAGUAGGUUCCUCUGUCAAAUCCUGAACAAUUUCUGUAUUAAUGAUCACUUUUUGUCCCAAAUUAAUCACUUUUUGUCCCAAGUUCUCAAGUUUGGUAUUCAUAGCAUCCGUCUUCUUGUGGAGCUGUUCCAACGAAUAGCUUACCUUACAUAAUGCAGAAGAAUGUUGACAGAAGGUUCCUUCUGUCAACAUUCUUAAAAUCCAAGGUCGAUCUCUGAUUCACACAGUUCUUAUCUUGCAGCUGGAAAAACCCCAGCUCCACUCUUGUAACAGUUUCAAAAGCUCCCUCUAGAGGGAAACAGUCUCCACUUGUAUCAAUCCUUUCAAACACAAUUUAAACUAUAAAGUUAGUUUCAGUUUUCAGUUACUUUUCCUGCUUUUUAAACGCAGAUGAGGACAAUGAAAACAAUAUAUUUCUCUUAUUUAGCUAGCUGUCAAAAAACGUCACUCUUUCUGGCAGCCCGUUUCCAGGUUCGGAGCAGUGGUAAUUUGGUUUUCACUCUCUCCUGCAGGCUCACUAGGUCCAAAAUUUCCCCCCUCUUCUCCUGCUUCCAAGGGGGGUUUAAUAGUUUUAACCGAUGGAGAUUUAAUCCUUUAGAAAAAUAAACUUUCCAAGGCUUUAACUUGCAACUUCUUUGCUUCAAUCUAUUUACAAAAAAGGAAGGCGGACUUCCUGUUUAGAACCUUCCCAUUUCAAUGCCAAAUUAAUGAAUUUAAGGAUCUAAUUUUCCGUUCUACUCACGGGUAGUUGUUUAAAAACCAAUUGUCCACAGGAAAAAGUCAGCGCUCUCCGGCAACAGCGAUGCGGCUUCACUCCGUGAAAGAAGCAGUCAAUUCGAAGCACCGCGCCACUCACCCCACUUCGCUCCGGAUCCCCAAAUCAGGGUUUCCCCGCGAGUAGAGGAGGCGCAAAGAGUGCCAGCCGAAUCCCAAGUUCACAGGCUUCUCCCGCCUGUGAUUUCAAUGGGUCUCCGCCUUCGCCGUAGCGGUCAGACCCUAAUUUCCGCGGAGCAAAUUCCUCCCGAUCGGAGGAACUCCGCCAUUGCCUGGAGGCGCCAACCCGGAAGUCAAAAUCUCCUUUCUUUCCUCCCCCUCUUUCCUUUGUCCUUUCUCCUUCUGUGAUGGAACUCCUAUAUGAGGACUUCCCUGGCUUUUUUUCUGGCCCACGUAGGACCAGUCUGGAUAGUUGGCCUUGGUGAAGACUUGAUGUUUUCGUCCCCAAAAAAGUUUUUGAUUUGAGUUCCUACUGAAAUGAGGCUGCAUUUUAAUAUUGUUUUUAAGUUGCAUUUCAAUCAAUUGUUUUUAUACCUGGAGUUAGCCACCCUGAGCCCGGUCUUGGCUGGGGAGGGUGGGGUAUAAAUAAAAUUUAUUAUUAUAUUUAUUAUUAUUAUUAUUAUUAUUAUUGAUUUCUCUCUUGCACCCAGGUGCCUGUCGAUGGAUGGCUUUGCUCAGGUAGCUGAAGCCGGCGUCUCCAGCCCCGAGUUCACAGCUCUUUGCUCUUGGCUGGUUUCCGAGCUCCGCAGCCUUUGCCCGCUCGAAGAGGACGUGAAUCCCACUCGUGGUAAGUAACCUGGCUUUGUGGGGAGAGAUGAAUGCAGCAAACUUUUUCUGGCACAAGACCUAAAGGAAGCAAGGGGGGAGGGGUGUGUGAGGAAUCCCCCACCCCACUGGGCUGAUGACAUCUGAGAAGCAAAUGUAAUGUAGCCUGGCGUCUGCGGGGUUUCACUAGCUGGCUUCUGGGUGGUUAACCCAUGGAACUGCUUGCUGCAAGGUCUUGUUGCUCCAGCCCAUCACUUGGAUGAAAAGCGCCAAGGUCAUCAAGGGAGCUUCUAGCAUACUGGAACUGGAGAGGGAGGUUGGGGGGGCAGAGAAUGCCUGGAGGGAUGGUCGUAUUGGCUAGUACCAAGGACAACCCUUUCAUCUGGCUGGGUCAGGAUGGUAUGGGGAUGAGGGGCCAACUCCCUUCUCUUGCGGGGGCCCAAUUAGUGCCAUUGCCUUCCAUUAAGAGUUUGGGUGUAAUCCUUGACUCCUCCAUUUCCAUGGAGGCGCAGGUUACAGCAACAGCCAAGGCAUUUUUCCACCUUCGCCGCAUCAAGCAGUUGGUCCCUUACCUUUCCCGCCCCGACCUGGCCACAGUGAUCCAUGCGACGGUCACCUCCAGGCUUGACUACUGUAAUUCACUCAACGCGGGGCUGCCCUUGAAGCUGUCCCAGAAACUCCAGCGGGUACAGAAUGCUGCAGCGAGGCUCCUCACGGGGUCUCUGCCAUGGGAGCAUAUUCACCCAGUGCUUUUCCAGCUGCACUGGCUCCUGGUGGAGUACAAGGUCAGGUUCAAGGUGCUGGUUUUGACCUUUAAAGCCCUUCACGGCCUAGGACCCUCGUACCUGUUGGUUUCUGCUUUCCUUCACUGUGCAGCUCUACUUGUCACGAGACAGGUGUUUACAUUCCACAGUCUGUACUGUUGGAGUUUCUCACGGGAAAGGGAGACUGGAUGUGACGUACACUGGUUUCCUGUUUUUCACUGUGUGAUUCUCUCCAAGCUCUCGAGGAGAGAGGAUGCAUUUUUCUGCUUCGGCAGAGGCAAGAUGUCUUUCUGUAAUAUACCAGCUUUGAACUGUAAAUAAAGCAAUAUAGAGUAUGUAGCACGUAUUACUCAUCCUUCCGCUGGGCACGACAGACUCUGCUUUAAAUCAACACGUGGUUAUGGGCUCCAGAGGUCGAAUCGGAGUGCCGGCAAAGGAUCGGAAUGCAGAGGGACAGAUCGGAACGGAAUCUGCUCUGCGCGUAGAAGUGAUUGAUGAGGUAUGUGCUACUGCUCCGGGCAGCCUGCCAGCUUCAAGUUAAUGGCUUUAUGGCUGGACUUUGAACUUUUAAAGCCGGUUUUGCCGGGAAUAGGCAAAGGCUCCCAGGCACAAGUCACUAUGCUGGGGAAAUCGAAAGUAACUUUUAAGUGUGCCUUUGUAAUAAGGCAGCUGCAGCAGUGACGCAGCAAGAUUUAAAGCAGCAUAGAUAUGACGCUGAAGGCUAAUGCCAGAGUCAUGAUGGCCCUUCAGGAUGCUUGUGGGAUUCCUAAGCUCAACAAGAAAAAUUACAGCGACUGGGUUCAGUAUGCAGAGGCAAUUCUGCGGAAAGAGGGUUUGUUUGAGGUGAUUACAGGAACCCCCCCAGUUCCAGUUACAGAUGCAUGGGAAGCUAAGGAUUCCAAAGCAAGGGGAACUCUUACAUUGAUAGUAUCCCCAGAAGAGCUCUGUCUAUUGCGUGAUAAGACCUCAGCCAGAGAAAUUUGGGACGCUUUGAGAGAGGCUCACUUAAGGACAGAAGCUGGAUCCACUAUGUUUUACUUUAACAAGCUGCACAAUAUGGCUCUUGCUGAAGGUGGAGAUGUGCGUUUACAUUUGAUGGAGAUGCAAAAUCUGAGACAUGAGCUGCAACAGAGAGGACUCAACUUUCCAGAGGCUGUGUAUUCUUUCAUGAUACUACAAUCUUUAGGUUCAGGUUGGGAGUCUGUUGCAACCCAGAUUGCUGUGCAACCAACUGCUCAGCUGACAGUGGACUUUGUUACUGCCGUGAUUUUAAAUGAAGCAGAUCGCCGGGUGCUAGCUGCAUGGGCAAGGGGAGUCUUCACAGACGUCAUCCCAUAGUGCAGUGGAACCACCAGAUGGCGCCAAAGCUUUGAAGGCAGUGAAAUGCUACUCGUGUGGACGUCUAGGCCAUAUGAAGAGGGAAUGCAGACAUCCCAGGGCCAAGACAGAGCAGCGCAGUGAAAGCUCAUCGCGCGGAAAAGGCCGAGGCAAAGGCAAAGGUCCGGUGUCUAGGACAACGCAGCACAAGGCUAUGGUUUCACGCUUCACUCCAAAGGUUGCAGAGGUCCAGAAGACGUCUAGAUCUUUCUUCGUUGUUGAUUCAGCGGCCACCCACCACAUGUGCAACGAUAAGAGACUGUUUGUGUCUUUUACACCGCAGGAAGGUGCGAUUCACCAGGCGGAUGACCACACUAUUCCCAGUAAAGGCUACGGAACUGUUGUUCUUCACAGUUUGGACUUAUCGAUACAGAAUGUGCUUUACGUGCCAGACGCCAAACAUAAUCUGCUCAGCGUUGGACAGCUGAAUGAGCGGAACAUUGACGUUUCCUUCAAGAACAAGAAGUGCAUCAUCACAAAGAAAAAUGAUUAUGUAUUGCAUGCAGAAUAUGUUGAUCAUUUGUUUGUUUUGUAUUAUGAUGAUGUGGUGCAGGAUGACACUUGUUGCAUUGCAGGUUCUAACAAAAGUUUGCAUGCAGAAUGUAUUCACGAUUUUCAUCGAAAAUUUGGUCAUUUGCAUUUUGAGGCAGUAUCUAAAAUGCCUGCCUUGGUUGAAGGUAUGACUAUUAAACCCUGCAGGUACCACAUGAAGUGCAAAGCAUGCGCAGCAAACAAGGUGAAAAUGGCUGCGAAAGGUAAGGUGUCUAGUAGGAAAGCUACAGAACCAUACCAGGUUGUUCAUGCUGAUUUGGUUGGACCACUAGCGCCCUCUUUGGGUGGAAAUAGAUACUUCAUGGUUCUCAUUGAUGCAUUUUCUAGAUAUAUUUUUGUGUACAAUCUCAAGCAGAAAUCGGAGGCUUUUCCUAGGUUCAAGGAAUUCUGUGCUUGGUUGGAAAAUGUGCAUGGUAAGAAGAUAAAGACUCUUUUCAGUGAUCGCGGGGGGGAAUUCACUUCUCAGCAGUUUGAAGCUUUUCUGACUGAGAAAGGAAUUCAACACGAUUUGUCUAGUCCUCGCUCGCCAUGGCAGAAUGGACUUGCGGAACGGGCAAAUCAGACGUUGCUUCAAGGCUUAAAAACCUUGCUGCAUGAUGCCAAUCUUCCAGAGAGUUAUUGGGCCGAAUCUCUCUCGUGUUUUGUUUACAGUUACAAUCGCAGGUUAUCUUCAGCGAUUGGUUGAACCCCCUAUGAGAAGAUGUUUGGCAAGAAGCCAUACAUCAAACACAUGAAGAUUUUUGGUUCUGACAUGUGGGUUCGCUCACCACAAACCUCCAAGUUAGACAAGCGUGGAUUGCAUGGUAUCUUUCUAGGUUAUCAGAAAGGAUCUUACAGAAUAAUGAUGACUGACUCUAAGACAAUUAAGCUCACGAGAAGUGUUGAGUACAAUGCAAAGUGGGGGGAGAAUGUGGGAAUUUUCCAAUGUUAUCCUGAUGACGGUGAUGAGACUGAGGAUAGUCAAAAGCAACCACAACAGCCCACACCCACUGAUGAAGGUUCUGAGUCUGAAUCUGAAACUGAAUCGGGUGAUUCAGAGGAUUUCGAGAGUGCGAAAGCCUCUAUGCGACCCUCUGAAAGCUCUGAUCAAGAAUUGGAGGAACCAUUGUUCACAAUAGGUCGUUUUUCUCCUAAGAAGGAAGAGGAGAGUGUUGAAGACUUAAGGCUAAUUCGUAGGUCACAGAGAGCCACAAAAGGCAAACCUCCAAAGAGAUUUGCUGAUGAGUUUGCUAAGAUAGCAGUAACAGCUGUUAAAAGCUCCAAGAAGGUAUUUGAACCUUCAAGUUUCCAAGAAAUCCAGGGUUUGGAUUCAAAGGAAGCUGAGCCAUGGUUAAAUGCCAUGAAGGCUGAGCUUGAUUCCUUAGAAAGGAACAAAACAUGGGAGCUAGUUCCAGUAGUUCCAGGAAUGACACUGCUUGGAGCAAAUGGGUCUUCAAAGCGAAGACAGAUCAAAAUGGCAAGAUAGUCAGACACAAAGCCAGAUUGGUAGCCAGAGGUUUUGCACAGGUACCAGGUCAAGACUAUCACGAGACCUAUUCACCCACAGUGAGAUAUGAAAGCAUUAGGCUUAUGCUUAAGCUAGCUGCAGAGGAAAAUCUACACAUUAGUCACCAUGAUAUUAAUACAGCUUUUCUGUACGGAUCUCUAGAUGAAUCACUUUAUAUGCUUCCACCUGAUGGCGUACAGGUAAAACAGGGAUUUGUUUGUGCUCUGAAGAAAUCCCUUUAUGGUCUCAAACAAAGUGCACGGUGUUGGCACACAAAACUCACUGAAGUAUUGUUUUCUCUAGGUUUUCAGCAAGGGAAAGCUGAUCCAUGUGUAUUUGUCAAAGAGGAGGGGCAAAAGAAACUGUACUGUUUGUUUUAUGUUGAUGAUUUAUUAUUCUUUUGGAAAGAUGUCGCAAUGUACAAUAGCGCCCUAGCUCAACUGAAAGAGCACUUUGACAUGAAAGAUCUUGGUGAGGUAAACAACUACCUAUCUCUGGAAAUAGAGAGAGAUCAAGAUGGUAACAUUCUAGUACACCAGUCACGGAAAAUUGCUGAUGUGUUAAGCAAACUAAAUCUGAUGGAUGCUAACCCUGUAGACACACCGAUGACAACAGGUUAUCAGGUAGAUGACACUGAAGAAGCCUUUUCUGACACUACACUGUACAGGAGUGUGCUAGGCAAGCUAAACUUCAUUGCCAGAUGUUCAAGACCAGACAUUGCUGUUAGCUGUAAUUUGCUAAGCAGACAAGUCAACAAUCCUAGUGUCAAGGAUUGAAAGCUCUGAAACGCAUAGCGCGGUAUUUGAAAGGCACUAUGCAUUACAGACUGAGAUUUAACAAUCAGAAGUCUGGUGGUCUUGAGAUAUUUGCAGAUGCAAGUUUUGGAAGUGACACUACAGACAGGAAAAGUACGUCUGGAGUUUGCUACAUGUACAAUCAGAGUCUGUUUGAUUGGUCAUGCAAGAAGCAAACAACAGUUAGCUUAAGUACUUGUGAAGCCGAACUGAAUGCACUGUCUUAUUCACUUAAGGAUUGUGAAUGGUUAGUACAAUUGUGCAAAGAUAUGAAAAUUCCUGUCAAAUGUCCAAUCCAGGUUUACCAGGACAACAAAGCAUGUUUGGCUUUGCUGAAGUCUGAAGGUUGUAAGCAAAGCACAAAGCACUUACAAUUAAAGUUGCAGCAUGCUAGGGAAUGUAUUCAGAAGGGACUCGUAACGGUGUCCUAUAUGCCAGGUAAUGAAAUUCCUGCUGAUGUAUUGUCCAAGAUUGUAUCAAGGGAUCAACACUGUACCUAUGUGCAGAAGUUGGGUUUGUACUGAUAUUGUGCAAACAUGCUGCCCAGUGAUGUUCACAGAAAGGGGGAGGAUGUUGGUUUCUGCUUUCCUUCACUGUGCAGCUCUACUUGUCACGAGACAGGUGUUUACAUUCCACAGUCUGUACUGUUGGAGUUUCUCACGGGAAAGGGAGACUGGAUGUGACGUACACUGGUUUCCUGUUUUUUUCACUGUGUGAUUCUCUCCAAGCUCUCGAGGAGAGAGGAUGCAUUUUUCUGCUUCGGCAGAGGCAAGAUGUCUUUCUGUAAUAUACCAGCUUUGAACUGUAAAUAAAGCAAUAUAGAGUAUGUAGCACGUAUUACUCAUCCUUCCGCUGGGCACGACAGACUCUGCUUUAAAUCAACAGUACCUACAGGACCGCCUCUCCCGGUAUGCCCCACGGAGGACCUCAAGGUCCAUAAAUAGCAACACCCUAGAGGUCCCAGGCCCUAAGGAAGUUAGGUUAGCCUCAACCAGAGCCAGGGCCCUUUCAGUGAUGGCUCCGGCCUGGUGGAACGCUCUGCCUCAUGAGACCAGGGCCCUGCAGGAUCUGAUUUCUUUCCACAGGGCCUGUAAGACAGAGUUGUUCCACCUGGCCUUUGGCUUAGAAUCAAUUUGAUUCCCUCUCCCUCUUUCCUUUUCCUCCUGUGAAGAGGCUGCAUCUUAAUGUUUUAAUGUUGCAUUUUAAUCUUGUUUUUUAAGUUGUAUUUUAAUCAACUUGUUUUUAUUAUUGGUUGUUAGCUGCCCUGAGCCCGGUCUUGGCUGGGGAGGGCAGGGUAUAAAUAAAAUUUAUUAUUAUUAUUAUCCACUCCUCACUGAGCUGAUGUUUUAGAUUUCUAUUUUUUUUUAAAAAAAGAUAUUUAUUAAAAGUUUAAUAGUUACAGAAAAAAGAAAAAAGAAACAAUAAAAAGUUCACAAUACAUCAAAAAUAAAAAGAAAAAACAAAAAAACACAAUGCAGCAAAACAACAAGAAAAGCAAAAACAUUUAAACACAUCCAAUAUCUCUAUAUCUCUACCUUUCAUUUACUUGUAUCAUCGACCUCCUCACACCUCCCUUUUUUGUAUUCUUGUUCAAUUAGCUAUUUCAGCAAAUCCUUUCCAUCUUUCUUAAUUUUUGUUCUAUAAUUUAUCUUAAGACAAUCUAACCUUAAAUUUCCACUUUGACCCAUUAACAAUCUAUCUUUACUUAAUUCUUUAUAACAUUUCUGCUAAAGCCAUAUAACUUCAUUCCAGCAUCCUUCUAACAUUCAUUAAUUUUACAAUAUUUCUGUAAAUAAACUUUAAAUUUUUUCCAAUCUUCUUCCACUGACUCUUCUCCCUGGUCUCGGAUUCUGCCAGUCAUUUCCGCCAACUCCAUUGAUGUUUUAGAUUUCUAUCCCCAAGUGGCAUUGUGUCCUUUCAGGUCCUGAGGAUGCCGAGACCUUCCAGAUCGAAGUGAGCGGCCUCCUUGGGGAGCUUCAUUGUCCCUACUCCUCACUGACUACGGGGACGUAACAGCCAGGCUUAGCACCCCGGACAGGUGCCUCCAGCUCCUGUGUAAGUCCAGGCAGGAAGGGGCUUAUUCCCCGGCUCAUUCUGUGCAGGUGGGCUCAGAAAAGACGUGGCUAAGAACUUCUGCUCCCAAACCUAGAAAGGGUCUGGGGAUCAGUGAGUCGCGCGGGUGUGUAUUAGCUCAUUUUUAUUUUUUUUAAAAAAAUCAAUGGGAGGUCCAAAGGGCGGGAACACAAGAAUGAGCCUUUUCAGUGGUGGCUUCCGAGGCGCUUCUGGCACCGUUGUUGCACAUCUUCAGGCGUCGGAAAACAUUCAUUUUUAAACAAGGCUUUGGCUUUUAACAAUGGCAUUUUAGAGUGGGUGGGAUGUUUCCAUGUGGGGGUUUUUAUGUGUGGGGUUUUUUCUGUAAGUUGCUUUUGAGUUGCCAUGGCAAAAAAGGGACCAAUAAAUUUAAUAAAUAACAAUAAUAUUUCACUUAAUUAAUUAUAUUAUAGUAAGUCCUGUAAUGUAAUAUGACAACGUUUACCGAUGCAAUAUAAAAAUCUUAACAAAUAAAUAAAAUGCAAAUUCAUUAAAAAAAUAAAAAAUAUGUAUUUUACUUAAUUAAUUCCCAACACCCCCUCUUUUUUAAAAUCACCCUAGAAGCGCUUAGGUCCCCAAGGUUUAUGGGAUAUAAAUUUAGGACGGGAACUGAAUCAAGCUCUUUCUCCUUCCCUGGCAAGAUUUUUUGAGCUCAGAGCUCCUGGCCGCCCGGCUGCUGGCUCGGAAGAUGCCCCGUUCGCCGCCAGAAAAAGAAGACCGAUCUGGCGAAGCAGUGAACGAGCUCCAACUCAUCUGCCAAGCCCUGGGAAUGUCGGACCUCGAUCCAGGCUGCCCGGUCCAUCAAGCCAUGGCUGACAUAGAAGCCAAGGUGGGGACGCAUUUGGGGCAGGACGGGGCGGCUGUUUGACUUGUGCAUGCGGCAAAGAUAUGGGAGGUGCUAAAGCUCCUGGUCUCUAAUGCUCCCUGCAGCUUAAUUCUAGCUGUCUUGCUGAAUGUUGAAAGCGGGGCGGGGGGCUGUUCAGGGCAGUUAAAGGAAUAGAAACUCCCCCCCCCACCACUGCUUUGGCUGCACCCCAGUAUGCAAAUUGUCCGUUUCUUUCUUUCCCCCCCAAACAGCUAAACUUGUGAUCUCAUCCUUAGAUUUCGGAGGUGCUUUCUUCACUACCCCCUGAGCACCAGCAGAUGGCGCCGCUCCUAAAGGCCACGCUGACCUCUGAGGAAUGGGUAGGGACAGGCCAGUGGCAUUGGCACCUAACUCUCCACCGCGUGGAUGCUUGCCCCUUCGGUCGAGACGGACAACGCAGGGUUGUUGAGGGUGGUUCCAGGGUGGGUGGAAAGACAGCAAGCAGCUUAUGUCUCCUGCUUUCUCUUGUCCCUCUCCCAAAUGAAAACACUAGGGGGCGCUGGAGGGCAUACGGGACUUGCUGUGCACGGAAUAUCAGUGCCGCCGACGCAUGAUGGCAACUCGUCUUGACGUCACCGUCGAGUCCUUCCAUUGGUCCGAGAGGGCAAAGGUGAGUGAGCUGGACAAGAGGGGGGCAUGUGCUUUUAAAGGGUUGAAUGUGUUGGUGUGUGGUUGUUUUUAAGAAUAGGGUAGACUUACUGGUGUUAUGUUUAGUACAUAAUAAUAGCUAAAGGGACCGCUGACCAUUAGGUCCACUUGUGGCCGACUCUGGAGUUGCGGCGCUCAUCUUGCUUUAUUGGCUGAGGGAGCCAUGUGUACAGCUUCCGGGUCAUGUGGCCAGCAUGACUAAGCCGCUUCUGGCGAACCAGAGCAGCACACGGAAAUGCCGUUUACCUUCCCGCCGGAGCGGUACCUAUUUAUCUACUUGCACUUUAACGUGCUUUCGAACUGCUAGGUUGGCAGGAGCAGGGACCGAGCAAUGGGAGCUAACCCAGUCGCGGGUUUCGAACUGCCGACCUUCUGGUCAGCAAGUCCUAGGCUCUGUGGUUUAACCCACAGCGCCAUCCGCGUCCCCGGUGUUACAAUUAGUACAUAAUAGUCAUAAUAAUAGUAAUAUUUUAUUUAUAUCCUGCCCUCCCCAGCCAAAGCUGGGCUCAGAGUGGCUAACAGUAAAAAUAGCAGAGUUUACAUAAAAUCAUAGACAAUUAAUUGAAAUACAUUCUAAAAUCAGUUCCGAAUCAAAUUAAUUUAAGUCAUGGCAACCAUUGGGCUAGAUUUCUCUGAAGAUUACAGAAGGAGAGAGGGGGUCAGACUGUGCCUUGGCCAAAGGUCUGGUGGAACAGCUCUGUCUUGCAGGCCCUGCGGAAAGAUGUCAAGUCCCGCAGGGCCCUAGUCUCUUGUUACAGAGCGUUCCACCAGAUCGGGGUCAUGGCCGAAAAAGCCCUGGCUCUGGUUUAGGCCAGCCUAACCUCCCUGUAACCCGGGACCUCCAAGAUGUUUUUGUUUGAAGACCGUAAGGUCCUCCGUGGGACAUACCAGGAGAGGCGGUCCUGUAGGUACGAGGGUCCUAGGCUGUAUAGGGCUUUGAAGGUUAAAACCAGCAAAACCUGAUCCUGUACUCCGCUGGGAGCCAGUGCAGCUGGUAUAGCACUGGGUGAAAGUGAUUCCUAGAAUCGUAGGGUUCAGAGAGACAACCAAGGGUCUUCUAGUCUAACCCCCUGCAGGAAUCUCAGACAUCCGUGAUAUAUGGCCGUCCAAUCCCGAGGGAGUCCGUUCCGCUGCCAGACAGCUUUCGCCGCCAGAAAGUCCUUCCCGAUGUUUAGUUUGGAAUCUUCUUUCUUGUUACUUGCAAGCCGUUGGUUCGAGAGCUGGGGGGGCGGGGGGAGCUUGCUCCAUCUUCCAACCUAACAACUUGGGACCAGUUUAUCUUUUGAGACUUCCUUACUCCAUUUACGCCCACUUGACGGCUUCAACUGACGGAACUGGCCCUGAUACAGGAGCCACAUAACCCCCCUUGAUGUUUUAGCGUGGCAGCAUGUGCCCUUUGGAACUCUCUGCCAAUUGAUAACCAGGCAGGCGCUUUCACUGUACUCUCUUUUUCCCGGCCCCUGCUAACAACCUUUUUGUUGGGAUGAGCCUACCCAGACAUUUAGAAAGCUGAUGCGAGUUUUAAUCUGUGUUUAGUGUCUGUGGUUAUUUCAACUUCUUGAAAGCCUUAAAUGAUGCUGAUGUUUCCUAUUGACAAUUCUACAGUUUUAUCUUUUCGUCGACCGCUUUGAGCUGGUUGUUUCUUUACAACCAAGCAGUGUGUAAAUUUUAAUAAGUGCUAAAAAAUUUUUUUAAAAAUAAUAAUUCUAUUUUGUGCUUUUUUAGUCGUAUUUGUUUUAAUUUAUGCUGUGGGCCAACCUGGGUCCUGCAUGGUGGGGAAAGGCAGGAUAUAAAUAAAAGAAAUAACAUAUAAAUAAUAGUUUUAGUAACAGUUCAGCAGCAUUGACCUGCCCUGAAUAGACUGGGGGGGGGGUUUGAAUGAAAAAUGGACUUCUUCCCUCAAAUUUUGCCCCCCGCAACGUAGGACCGCAGCGAAGCUAUGUCGGAGGCCUUCAAACCCUUGCGGCAAUCUUUGCUGGAGGAGUCUCACGUCACCCUUCCCCACCUCCUGGCAGCGCGGGAGGACUUCUCCCGCAUCGUGAAGACCAGCAGCGGAGCUUCGCGGAACAAGACCAGCUGUGCCGUCAACAAGGUACAGGGCUGGAGAGGGGUGCAGUUCCCCCAGAUGUUGGGUUUGGGGGUACAGGAAAGCCCUAUAGCAGGCCUGCGCAGUUGUGCACGGGUGCUCAGCAAGGCUGAUUCCAGAUGAAUAAAUGAACCAAACUACCCAUUUCUCCCAUCCAGGGGCUCUGGGCAAUGGUACCUGAGCUGUACCUGAGCUGCUUCCCCGUUUUUUAUCCCUUAAGUGUGCUGGUUACACCCCAGAAAUAAAAUGCCUGAGCACCAGUCAUUGAUAGAGGGAGGGAGUGAACAGGAAGUUCUAUGUCACUUCCUGUCGAGAUACAACAGCAAUAAUAAUAAUAAUAAUAAUAAUAAUAAUUUAUUAUUUAUACCCCGCCCAUCUGGCUGGGCUUCCCCAGCCACUCUGGGCAGCUUCCAAAAGAAUAUUAAAAUACUGUGAUACAUCAAACAUUAAAAGCUUCACUAAACAGGGCUGCCUUCAGAUGUCUUCUAAAAGUCUGGUAGUUGUUGUUCUCUUUGACAUCUGGUGGGAGGGCAUUCCACAGGGAGGGCACCACUACCGAGAAGGCCCUCUGCCUGGUUCCUUGUAACCUCACUUCUCGCAGGGAGGGAACCGCCAGAAGGCCCUCGGAGCUGGACCUCAGUGAACGAUGGGGGUGGAGACGCUCCUUCAGAUAUACCGGACCGAGGCCGUUUAGGGCUUUAAAGGUCAGCACCAACACUUUGAAUUGUGCUCGGAAACGUACUGGGAGCCAAUGUAGGUCUUUCAAGACCGGUGUUGUAUGGUCUUGGCGGCCACUCCCAGUCACCAGUCUGGCUGCUGCAUUCUGGAUUAGUUGUAGUUUCCGGGUCACCUUCAAAGGUGGCCCCACGUAGAGCGCAUUGCAGUAGUCCAAGCGGGAGAUAACCAGUGCUUGCACCUCUCUGAUGAGACAGUCCGCGGGCAGAUAGGGUCUCAGCCUGCGUACCAGAUGGAGCUGUUAAACAGCUGCCCUGGACACGGGGCCCACCCUCCUCACUUGCUGGAAACAAUUGAAGGCAUUUUUGUUCCAACAGCUUUUUAAGAAAUGGGUCUUUAGCACAAGCAUCAGCUGCUGCUGCUGCUUCUUUUUGAAGUUUUAUUCAAGUUCAGGAUUUUUACAUACUUUAUAGUUUCUCCUUCCAAUUUUAAAUUUCCCGUACAAUUUUUUCCUUUCCCUCCCUCCCCCCGCCCCCAUAUCCAUUGGAAGGGUUCAAACUUAUUAUCCUCAGCCGCGGGCAUAGCCUCUUUAGUUUCCACCGAACGUCUUUUGUUCCAGUAGUUUUUAUGCAUUGAAGAUAGGGGUUCCAUCUGUUCCUUAUCGUGGUGGACUUUACCUUCCACGUUGUUUCCUGUGACAAUGUCCGACUGAAUAAGUUCAAACAAAUAACUAUUCCGUGCCUCUACUGUCCAUUUUUCUCUGUCUUCCCAACCUAAAGCUAUCGUUGCCUUUCCCGCUAAUAUCAUAGCUUUGAAGGUAAACUGGUCACCUUUCUCUAUAGCCGUGUUCCCAAGUAAACCCAUUGUCAUGAAAUCAAAGUCUAUCGAAAGCUUCACUUUAAAAAUUUCAUUAAGAACCUUUAGGAUUUUAUUCCAGAAUUCCUUUACCUCUGGGCAUUUCCAGAGGAAUAUGAGGAAACCAUCCCUUGGCUUGUUUACAGUGCCAACAGUUAGAAUUCAAUCCUGCUACCAUAUUAGCUAGCUAGGCCGGAGUUCUGUACCAUUUUAGAAAGAAUUUUAAUUCCAGCUCUCUAAAUUUGCUUACUUUAAUCUCAUCUAUUCCUUUCAUUAUCCUUUCAGCCAUUGAUUCGCUAACUUGUUCUUCACAUCUUUUGAAUAAGUUGGGUUGUCUGUUUCUUAUUCUCUUACAGAUUUUACCUAUCAUUCCUUGUUUCUUUUUUCCAUUUGUUUGUAUAGUUUCUCUAUUGGCUCUUCUAAACUCAUGUUUCCUAUCUCUUGGACUUUAGAGAUUUUGUUGUAUAGUCCUCCAAUUUUUAUCCAGUAUUGGUUACCUAUGUUCUCUGUUACUUUCUGCAAUGACUUUAAGGACUCUCCUCUAUACAUAUCUUUAACUAUGUGAUAUCCCUUAGCGUUUAGAAGCAUUAGCUUCUUAUUCUCCCCCCCCCCCUUGUUUAGAAUGUACCUCUAGCCUCUGUUUAUCUUAUGCAUAAAUCGCCUUGCGCUGGUAGUUUAGAAGGCAAUGAAUAAAUGGAUGGUGGCGAUCAUUAGUAACAGCACUUCCUGUUCACUCUCGCGUCCGUUUCUUCCUCCCUUCCUCUCAGGUGCUGAUGGUUGGUGACGUCCCGGAUCGCGGUGGGCGUCCGAAUGAGAUCGAACCCCCUAUGCCCACGUGGGAGAAGAGGCGAGAAGGAGGAGGAGGCGGCCACCAGCGAUGGGGCAAGCGGAGCAAGAAGAAGAAAAAAUAGCAAGGGGCUGGAUCCUGACCUCCUCCGGCGUGGGGUAUGGUCAAAACCACCCUUAAGUUUAGGGCAGGGAAGAGGCUUCAGGAAGAUAACCGCAGCAAGGAUGAGCGGUGGAGCCCAGCCUUCGCCAAAGGUGGUUUCAGUGUUGCUUUCCCCCAGGAUGUGAGGAAAUGCAGUUUACAAGAAAGGUGCCCAUUACGUUGAACUUGAGACAGUGGGCAGGGGCAUAUGCGCUAACAUCAGACAUCUCUCCCCCCCUUCCCCAACCCCCUUUCACUUGCUUUAAAGUUGUUGGACACAGACGUUUGUGUUGUCCGCGUUAUAGCUUGGUGCCGGAUGAAUUGCGCCUUUUGAGCAGAGAUGGGGAGUCUGUGGUUCCUUCAGAUGUCAUUAGACUUCAUCUCCCAGCAAUCCCCAGUUAGUGGGGCCAGUGAUCAGGUGUGAAGGGAGUUGGGGGCCAAUGUUCCCCAUCCCUGCUCUAGUUAAUACCCAACUUGCAAGGAUGAAGGAACAAGAGGUGCUGGCAAACGUCUGGAUUUCUCAAGGUUUCUUUUUGGGCUUUAGAUGCCGAAUGUGGGUAGGAAGCAACCUUCCUUUUUGGGCUGGGUGGGCAGCAUUUAUGAGAAACCCAGCUUUAGAAAUGUCCCAUUAGAUUUAACCGGAGAAUGUAGGAAGAGGGAAUAUAUUAAUUUGGGAUUUUUAAGCACAAACCCAAACUUCUUUGUACCUUUUCCUCCUCUGGAUUAUGCAGCGGUUCUCAACCUGUGGGUCCCCAGAUGUUGUUGGACUACAACUCCCAUCAUCCCUGAGCUCUGGCCUUGCUAGCUAGGGAUGAUGGGAGUUGUAGUCCAGUGACAUCUGGAGACCCACAGGUUGAGAAAGGCUGAUCUACAGGGCGGCUCAAUUGCAGCAGCCAAUGAGUAUGGGGUUUUGUUUGAAUGGUGCAAGUUAAUUUUUGUCCUUGUUCUGAAGGGACAGGAUUGAAAAUGGCCAGGGUGGGUUCAGUGUAACACUAAGAGAUUAAACAUUUUCCUUGUCAUUCAAACUCAUUGUGCAAGGGAGUAUGUGUGUGUUUUAAAAACUCUAGUCGUCGCCUUCUACCUCUCUUUCUUUUAUUAUUGUGCCAGGAGAGUUAGUUAAGAGAGCAGAAUACUUUAAAAGUCAGGGACAGUUUGCCAUUUGAAGGACAUUUUUUUAUCUUUUUCUUUUAAGGGGAAAUCACAUUCCUUACCCCUGCCCAAAAAGGGGGAGCGGUUACACAGUUUGUGGGGGGUAUAGCUGAAUGUGAUCUAUAUGGGGAGAGAGUUAGAUUUAAACAAUAUAAUUCCUGUAUUCAGUAUAACACAUUGCAUCUAUUUCCAGCAGUGAAUGUAUUCCACCCCACAUUCCCCAAAUGAACAGAGGGUUAAAGGUAAAGGGACCCCUGACCAUUAGGUCCAGUCGUGAUCGACUCUAGGGUUGCGGCGCUCAUCUCGCUUUACUGGCCGAAGGAGCCGGCGUACAGCUUCUGGGUCAUGUGGCCAGCAUGACUAAGCCACUUCUGGCGAACCAGAGCAGCGCACGGAAACGCCGUUUACCUUCCCACCGGAGUGGUAUCUAUUGAUCUACUUGCACUUUGACGUGCUUUCGAACUGCUAGGUUGGCAGGAGCAGGGACCGAGCAACAGGAGCUCACCCCAUCAAGGGGAUUCGAACCACCAACCUUCUGAUCAGCAAGUCCUAGGCUCUGUGGUUUAACCCACAGCACCACCCGCGUCCCUUGAACAGAGGGUUAGGGAAGUGAAUAAAAGAUGCGGGGGGGGGGUUGAAAGCAAGGCCGAAGGGGGUCAGUGGAAGAGGUCGCAGUCAGUAGGCGCUUCUGCCUUGCCUCUCGUCCCCCUUUAAAGUAAAGGUAAAGGUACCCCUGCCCGUACGGGCCAGUCUUGACAGACUCUAGGGUUGUGCUCCCAUCUCACUCAAGAGGCCGGGGGCCAGCGCUGUCCGGAGACACUUCCGGGUCACGUGGCCAGCGUGACAAGCUGCAUCUGGCGAGCCAGCGCAGCACACGGAAACACCGUUUACCUUCCCACUAGUAAGCGGUCCCUAUUUAUCUACUUGCACCCGGGGGUGCUUUCGAACUGCUAGGUUGGCAGGCGCUGGGACCGAGCAACAGGAGCGCACCCCGCCGCGGGGAUUCGAACCGCCGACCUUUCGAUCGGCAAGUCCGAGGCGCUGAGGCUUUUACCCACAGCGCCACCCUCGUCCCCCUUUACCUGCCGCCAGUCCCCAGGUUCCACCUUCUGAGGAUUCCUUUCUCCCAAUCUUGACAUGGGAACCCCAACCAGAAGGUCACCCGCUUCGCCCCAGCUAGCAAGGCAGGGUCUCUGUUUACGCACUCGCUCAUUGGUUAAAUAUAGCUUGCUGCAGAGAGCUCUUGGCAAGCCACCACAUGCACACAAGCCAAGGAGCUGCUUAGGUUCUUGAGCCACCCGGGACUGUUCAGCUAAGAAGAGCUCGGCUGAAGCAGUCCAGUGGCCCUCUUCCUCCAGCACCUCUGACAGCGGAGGUGGUACAGGGCCAUUGUGGUGGUGCAGAACCCAAAACGUGCAUCUGCAGCAGCAGCACCCAAAAAAGAAGUAAGCUAACUGGUAGGGCCUCCGUUCAAAAAUCAGUCCUUUUAUUAGGAACAAAGGAAGCCCCUUAGCUUGAGUCCGACUGCUUGUCCACCCAGCUCCCUAUUAUUGGCAAGGAAUGGCAGUGGUUUCAGGGCAGCAGCAUCCAUUUCCAGUCAUAUUCUCUACCGUUGAGCGCCGUGUCCUCCCUUCUCUCUGUUCGCUUCCUUGAGAUGUUCCGCUUCCCUGCCUGUAGCUCACCGUUCCUGUGCCCUUGGCUCAGUUGGGCUUGGGAGGCAGGUGCGAGUUGUAGGCAGCCAAGGCCUUCCAGCAGGAGAAGGGGGGCAGGCUCGAUGAAUCUGCCUUCAGCAGCCAGCUGUUCUCAGCCUCCAGCUGCGAGUUGCAGCUCUGAAGGCUCUGGUUGACCAGCAACAGCCUGUCCCGUUCCUGCAAAGGAGAGCGAGAUGGUUCCAGCUUAAAGUGGAGGUUGCCUGUUCCCCCAGCAACUUUGGGCCUGUCUAGACCAAAGUAAAGGUAAAGGGACCCCUGACCGUUAGGUCCAGUCGUGGACGACUCUGGGGUUGCGACGCUCAUCUCACUUUAUUGGCCGAGGGAGCCGGCGUGCAGCUUCCGGGUCAUGUGGCCAGCAUGCCUAAGCCGCUUUUGGCAAACCAGAGCAGCGCACGGAAACACCGUUUACCCUCCCGCCGGAGUGGUACCUAUUUAUCUACUUGCAGUUUGAUGUGCUUUUGAACUGCUAGGUUGGCAGGAGCAGGGACCAAGCAACGGGAGCUCACCCCAUUGCGGGGAUUCGAACCGCCGACCUUCUGAUCGGCAAGUCCUAGGCUCUGUGGUUUAACCCACAGCGCCACCCGUGUCAUAAGUAGCUUCGCAUUAUUGUUCCACAGAAGCCCCAGAUGUGGAAUCCCACCCUCCCAAGUAUCCUCACCUUUUCCACCUCCUUCAGCUCUUCCAGAAGCUGCUUUAGACUCUUGCUGUGUCCCCGUGGCUCCUGUGGACUGUCUGCGUCUGUCUGGGUGCUGGCGUGUUUCAUUCUCCGCCUGCCUGCUGGGCUCAACUGCACCAGGUUGGGGCUUUUGCUGUGCUCUCGUCUCGGCGGGAAGAGGAAAGCUUCUUCCUCCGAGCCUGCCGUGUGGAAUAAGGGAAGUGUGGUUAGAAACGUGGCCAUCGUAUCUGGAGAUUUGUUCCUGCAAGCGGUGUGGUGCAGUAGUUCUACAGUGCUGAGCUAGGACCAAGGAGACCUGGGUUCAAAUCCCCACGCAGCCAUGAAAUGCACAGGAUGACCUUUGUGAGCAAAACCUGUACUUUCUCGUGCUGGUUUUGAACUGGUGCUUCAAACCACAGUUUAUGGUGUCAAGUGGAAUUUGCUCUGUGUUCCUACUCUUCUAUAGAAGCCGUACCACGGAUCGCAAGGCUGGGAAGCGAAUAGCCUCCUUGCCACUGUGCAUCGCUGGAGCUGGUCCCUUACCCGAGCUAGGGUGAUAGGUGGCAGCCGGUGUGGCAGUCCGAGACAGCGUGCUUUCGGAGCUGCAGGAAUGGAAGCGCCGCUGGCACUCCACCUCCACUUGGUCCUUGCACUGCUUGUGACAGAUCAUCCCACAGUCUGCAGGGGAAGACAGAUAAUCAUCAGCGAUGGGAAUGUGAAUAGCAUGGGUAGGCAACCUAAGGCCCGGGGGUCAGAUCCAGCCCAAUCACCUUCCCAAUCUGGCCUGCGGACGGUCCAGGAAUUAGCGUAUUUUUACAUGAGUAGAAUGUGUCCUUUUAUUGAAAAUGCAUCUCUGGGUUAUUUGCGGGGCAUAGGAAUUCGUUCAUUCCCCCCCCCCCAAAUAUAGUCCGGCCCCCCACAAGGUCUGAGGGACACUGGACCAGCCCCCUGCUGAAAAAGUUUGCUGACCCUGGUUAAUAGGAUCCCCUCUCCUUUAGUGCCCACUAGGGGGCGUGCUUACCCCGACAUCUGUAUCCUUGCUUCGAGACUCCCCAGAGCUAGAACAGGAGAAGAACAAAACAAGAAGAGACGUGUUAAGUUGAACUAGACACCACUUCUUUGCGAAGGCAACAUAGCAUAGGUGGAUGAGAGGUGGGGGACUUGCUCUAACCUGUUCCAGGGACCGAAGCUUUAUUGCCCGCUUCAAAAGUGGCGGCAGAGUUCUGGGAAUUUCAAUUUUUGGGUUUUGAAACUUAGCAAGCUUCUAGACCUCAUGGCUGCAGGAGAGAGGCUGCAAAACAAGCUGGUUCGUCUGCAGCAGCCUUCUCCAACUUGGCAUAGUCAAGAGCCAGUGUUGGGUAGUGCUUAGACUGAGCCUGGGGUUCAAAUCCACACUUGGCCCUGAAGCUCCCUGAGUGACCUUGGAGGCCAGUCACUGGGUUGUUGUGGGGAUUAAAUGAGGAGGAGGGAGAGAACCAUGCAUGGCACUUUGAGCUCCUUGGAGAAAAAGGUGAGAUAAAUAAAAAUAGUCCAAAAUAUCUGGAAGGCUGUUCUGAAGGGAGCUUAUCUACAGUGGUGCCUCGCAAGACGAAUGCCUCGCAAGACGAAAAACGCGCAAGACGAAAAACGCGCAAGACGAAAGAGUUUUCCGUUUUUUGAGUUGUUCCGCAAGACGAAUUUCCCUAUGGGCUUGCUUCGCAAGACGAAACGUCUUGCAAGUUCUUGCGAGUUUGUUUCCUUUUUCUUAAAGCUGCUAAGCCGUUAAUAGCCGCUAAUAGCCGCUAAUAGCCGUGCUUCGCAAGACGAAAAAACCGCAAGACGAAGAGACUCGCGGAAUGGAUUAAUUUCGUCUUGGGAGGCACCACUGUACAAUCUCUCCUACUUCUCUAGCCCUUUCAUCCUCCAUCCCACCUGUUGCUGAUUACUGCCACCACUAUGCAUGCCAGCCCAUCGUUUGCACUACUGCUAACUAUAAAAGAAAAGCAGAUUCUCCAGUUUGGCAGCUCAGCUCAGCAGCUACUGUUUCUGCCAGUAAUAGCGACUUUUUGGGUGGCUGGCGGGUUUUCUUUUUUUGAGGGGGUGGGGAUGAGUGACGCAUAUUGGUGUUGCCACCACCAGGGGCUGGCCAAGUGGUGCAGACCUGUCACAGGGCCUUUUCGGUGGUGGCUGUGGCGAUCCCACAGGGUCCCCAGACGUUUCACCGUCUAUUGAUCCCUGUACCACCACUUUAUUUCUCGCUGCCACCACCCAGGCCCUACCUGGUACAAUGCUGAGUCCAGUCAGGGUUAAAUUGGAACAUAAACUUCAUUGCAGUUUAACAAGUGUGUGGUUUCAUAAACAGUAUCGGUUAAUUACAAUCAUGGGGUGCCUAUCCAGACCUAUAACUUCUGCUACCUGCUCUCACUCACUAAACCACCUCUCAGAUAUUUACUUAUCUUCCUAGCCCCUAACUGUUCCUGACUCAGGUUGUAUCGCUACACUAACUCAACCUGGGACAUGGGUGGCGCUGUGGGUUAAAUCACAGAGCCUAGGACUUGCCAAUCAGAAGGUCGGCGGUUUGAAUCCCCAUGACGGGUGAGCUCCCGUUGCUCAGUCCCUGCUCCUGCCAACCUAGCAGUUCGAAAGCACGUCAAAGUGCAAGUAGAUAAAUAGGUACCGCUCCAGCGGGAAGGUAAACGGCGUUUCCAUGCGCUGUUUUGGUUUUGGUGUUCCGUUUUGCCAGAAGCGGCUUAGUCAUGCUGGCCACAUGACCCGGAAGCUGUACGCCGGCUCCCUCGGCCAAUAAAGCGAGAUGAGCGCCGCAACCCCAGAGUCGGCCACGACUGGACCUAAUGGUCAGGGGUCCCUUUACCUUUACUAACUCAACCUACCCACAGACUCUAUCCCAAUUCACUCCCACUCCAACCAACUCCCAACCAACUCCCCUCUCGCCCCUCCCAGAGCUGGUUUUAUACUUCCUCUGACUCCACUCCCUGGGUUCUGAUUGGGUAACCUGUUUAACUAUUUCACCUCCAGCACUCCCUCAUGUUAACGUCACAUAGGUCCCCCCAGUUGCGGAACGCCUUCCCUAGUGAGUUAUGCCUGCUUCCACCGUUAUUAAUCUGCAGGAGAAAUUUGAUUACAUGGCAUUUGUUGGCCGAAGGAUACUGACAACCCUGAGAACUUUGGAUGGAGGAAUGUUCUCAGCUGUUGACUGCUUUUAGGGUGUUUUCGGUGGCAGCUACUGUUAGAUGUUAUUAAUUGCAAUUGGCUUUAGAAUACUUUGCUCGAAGGUUUUUGGGAUUUUUUGCUUUUAGCAUGUCUGCUGCCCUGGGCUACGUGGGGAAGGAAGGGUGGGGUAUAAAUCCAUUUUAAAUAAAUUAAGCUCACAAAGCCAUUGCAGCUGUCACAAAAGGAGGGCUUCUUAAAGGUAGCCUCUUGGAAGUUGUGCAGGAACCCAAGGCCCAGUUUGGAGAAAAUGGCGCAGGCUCGCAUUAAAUACUCGGACAGCUCUUCCCGGCUCCAAGCGCCUUCCCUGCAGUUGAGGAGAAGAAGAGAAAAACAAUCACAGAGUGUGAGGCUUCGGCCCUCCUCGCUUGGGUCAUCGGCACCUAGUGAAUUCCUGCCCCACCUGACACUUAAAUAAACCUUAAGUUGGGGGUAUGUAUUCUGAUGGGGCACUUUUGGUCAGUUCACACACCCCUGAGCCUCAGCUGCCCUUUACCAGGGACUGAGACUUCAUUGCGGCAGCCCUUGCCCUGUGGAACUCCUAAUAAUAAUAAUAACAACAAUAACAAUAAUUUAUUAUUUAUACCCCGCCCAUCUGGCUGGGUUUCCCCAGCCACUCUGGGCGGCUUCCAACAGAAUAUUAAAAUACAAUAAUCUAUUAAACAUUAAAAGCUUCCCUAAACAGGGCUGCCUUCAGAUGUCAUCUAAAAGUCUGGUAGUUGUUUUAUCUCUUUGACAUCUGGUGGGAGGGCGUUCCACAGGGCGGGUGCCACCACCGAGAAGGCCCUCUGCCUGGUUCCCUGUAACUUGGCUUCUCACAGUGAGGGAACCGCCAGAAGGCCCUCGGAGAUGGACCUCAGUGUCUGGGCAGAACGAUGGGGGUGGAGAUGCUCCUUGCCAAUUGAGGUCACCCUUGCUCACUUUCAGAUGCCUCCUGGAAAUUCUGUUGUUCAGACCAGGCCUUUCGGACCCGAGUUUCUCUGUCAACCAGAGAGGAUGGGCCUGGCAUUCCUACUGCUUCUAUUACAGUGUUGCGUUUCCAAGUUGCCAACCACCUUGUGAUAUUUUCUAUGAGCGCGUGGUUUACAAAUGUUUUUUAUUUGGCUUUACAAGUAAAAAUUUAUAACAAUCCAAAUAUAUAUCCAUAUAUAGAGAUUACUGUAUUUUUCGCUCUAUAGGACGCACUUUCCCCCUCCAAAAAUUAAGGGGAAAUGUGUGUGCAUCCUAUGGAACGAAUGCAGGCUCCUUGGCUUCAGCGAUAACAACGUGAAGCGAUAACAGACUUUCCUGGCUUCAGCAGAGAGGGAGAGCUGCGCAGCGCCCCUUCAGCCAAGCGGGAGGAGAAAUUGAAGGGGCUCCGUUUCUCCUGCCGCCUUGCUGAAGGGGCGCUGCGCAGAGAGGGGGAGAAUUUUCUUUCUUGUUCUCCCCCUCUAGAACAAGGUGCGUCCUAUGGUCGGGUGCGUCCUAUAGAGCGAAAAAUACGGUUCUCAAGACUUUCUCCUCCAUCCUGUUGUGAACAUUUACAACAGCAUAUUAUUCCAUAAUCUAUAUUUUAUAUCCAUCCAUAUUUCCCAUAGUCUUUGUUACUUUACAAGUGAAAUUAGAAUCCUGCUAAUGUUUUCAUCUACUUGCGGUGGUCUCUUAAAUAAAUUAUAAUUCCCCCCCAUUACUGUUUAAAGUUUUAAAUGUUUAAAAUGGGACUCCAUGGAGGGAGUGGGGGGAAGUCCUGAGAUUCGGAGAAAUCUCUGUAUAUGGAUAUACAUUUGGGCUUUUUUAUAACUUUAUAUUGGUAAAAUCAAAUAAACGAUUUCAAAAAAAUGAAUAAAGCUUUUGUCUUCUUGGUUUCUGAGAUUUCCAGUCAGCAUAGUCCAUGGGUAAGCAAACUAAGGCCCGGGGCCCGGAUCUGGCCCAAUCCCCUUCUAAAUCCGGCCUGCGGACGGUCCAGGAAUCAGCAUGUUUUUACAUGAGUAGAAUGUGUGCUUUUAUUUAAAAUGCAUCUCUGGGUUAUUUGUGGGGCAUAGGAAUUCGUUCAUUUACCACCCCCCCAAAAAAAUAUAUAUAUAUAGUCCGGCCCCCCACAAGGUCUGAGGGACAGUGGACCGGCCCCCUGCUGAAAACGUUUGCUGACCCCUGGCAUGGUCCAUCAAUUUAGCUUGCCAUUCCUCUCAGGUAGGGACUUUCCAUCUCUGGGCUAACAGCAUUCGGGCAGCUGUUGUCACAUCCAUGAAGAGUCUUCUCCUGAAAUCCUGUUCACUCACCGCUCUCUUUCCAGCCCAUAGAAGGAGAAGGGGAAACUCGUGGAGAUGAUCUCGAAAUCCUCCUCCGAGAUGUAACCCCGCUGCUCAGGAUCGUAAUUCUUGAACACCGUCUGUUGGGGAAAGGAGUCUUGUCAGAACCCAUUGGAAGAUGAGAAGGCAGAGAACGUGGGCAUUGCCCUCUAAACAUACACCUGCUGUAUAUUUAACACCUCUUCCCAAAGGAUGAGAUGGCAGGUCCCUGCCCCGAGGGGGUUGAAAUCCAGAUACCGAGACAAGGCAGCAAGUGGAGGGGGGAAGGAGGAGGAGGAGGCUGGGAUAAGCAAGAAGAACGAGUGAUUAUACAGUGGUACCUCAGGUUAAGAACUUAAUUCGUUCCAGAGGUCCGUUCUUAACCUGAAACUUUUUCUCAACCUGAGGUACCAUUUUAGCUAAUGGGGCCUCCCGCUGCCGCCACUGCUCGAUUUCUGUUCUCAUCCUGAAGCAAAGUUCUUAACCCCAGGUACUAUUUCUGGGUUAGUACAGUCUGUAACCUGAAGCGUCUGUAACCCGAGGUACCACUGUAAAAGUUGAACAUACUUCGCUCCCAGCUGCACUAAGCAUUCAUAGCACUAUCAUACCACUUUAAAUAGUCAUGGCGUCCUCCAGAGGAUUCUGGGAACUAUAGUUCAGGCUGUUGAGAGCUAUCAGUAAAGGUAAAGGGACCCCUGACCAUUAGGUCCAGUCGUGACCGACUCUGGGGUUGCGGCGCUCAUCUCGCUUUACUGGCCGAGGGAGCCGGUGUACAGCUUCCGGGUCAUGUGGCCAGCAUGACUAAGCCGCUUCUGGCGAACCAGAGCAGCGCACGGAAACGCCGUUUACCUUCCCACCAGAGUGGUACCUAUUUAUCUACUGGCACUUUGACGUGCUUUCGAACUGCUAGGUUGGCAGGAGCAGGGACCGAGCAACGGGAGCUCACCCCGUCGCGGGGAUUCGAACCGCUGACUUCUAAUCGGCAAGUCCUAGGCCCUGUGGUUUAACCCACAGCGCCACCCACGUCCCACGUUGCAGAUGUACCAUGGUGUUUAUUCUCUCUGCACUCCUCCCAGCGGUCCUUCCUCCUCUGGUCACCACUACGGAUGCACAACCUGUCUGUCUCCGGGCACGGUAGUUGUUACAGUCAUGGCGGCCAACUUUGUUGUAGUAGUAGUACCUCUUUCUUUUUUCCUUUCCCCUUCUGUGUUGGAACUCCUUUUUGGGGACUUCCCUGGCUUUUUUCUGGCCCAUGUAGGACCAUUCUGGAUAGUUACUCUUGGUGAAGACUUGGCGUUUUUAUCCCCAAAAAAGUUUUUGAUUGAGUUUCCGCUGAAAUGAGGCUGCAUUUUUAUGUUUUACUGUUGUAUUUUAAUCUUGUUUUUUAAGCUGUAUUUCAAUCAAUUGUUUUUAUAUUUGGUGUUAGCCGCCCUGAGCCCGGUCUUGGCGGGGUAUAAAUAAAAUUUAUUAGUAGUAGUAAAAAGGUAAAGGGACCCCUGACCAUUAGGUCCAGUUGCGAACGACUCUGGGGUUGCGGCGCUCAUCUCGCUUUAUUGGCCGAGGGAACCGGCGUACAGCUUCCGGGUCAUGUGGCCAGCAUGACUAAGCCACUUCUGGCGAACCAGAGCAGCGCACGGAAACGCCGUUUACCUUCCUGCUGGAGUGGUACCUAUUUAUCUACUUGCACUUUGACCUGCUCUCAAACUGCUAGGUUGGCAGGAUUAUUAGUAGUAGGGUCACAUUAUUAGUAGUGGAGGGUCACAACGCAGGAGUCGUGCAUGUCCUGUUUCCUGCACCAAACUACACUUUGCUAAUGUGAACGUCGCCCGCAUUCUAAUUUUUCAUCUUAUCUUCUUCCUUCUGAGUUCUGCAAGGGCAGCGCUGAGACUUAAGGAAGCUGGGAGGCUUUGCAACUCGAACUGGUUGUAAGGAAGAAGUCGGGUGUGCCAGGGGGGUGGUGAGAGGGUAGCAGAGCUGGCUAUGGAAGCAGAAUGAGGUUGAUGGGGCAACCUAUGAACCAACCUCCCCACUGCCUGGCACAGGGCAGUGUUGAGCAGUCCACAGUUAGGGGCUUUAGACAGAAAUCUUAGACAUUAUCAGCCUCUUGACGCUUUCAUCUGUCAAAUGGGGGAGAGGAGGGUAUCUCUUACCCCUCCUCCCCCCACCAAGGCCUGUUUCAGCAGCAAACUUUAAUUUGCAGAAAAGGAAGUGGUUGGAGUGGCCUCUUCCUUUACUCUGCGUGGAAGGGGGUGGAGUAAAGCGGGAACAGGCACCUCUGACGGGGCCCUCCGGCACCCACCGGGGUUACAGAGCCACAAAACACGACUCCAGAUCACAACAGCACCCGCCCAAUGUGCCACAAAGGACAGAACAGACAGAGGUGGUGGUAGGCAGGCUGGCAGGCGGCUUAAUUUCAACCGAACACUGGCCGACAACACGGCGCAAAAGAAAUAGACGAUUGUGGUGCAGGGACCGCAAAUGUCGAGAAUGUCAGUGUUCGGCACAAACGCAUGCAAUGCAAUCUCGGAAUUGUUCGGUGACAAAUGCACCCAUGAAAUGCACGUAGAUAACUGUGCAAUACCCUCUCUCUCUCCAAUUAGGUCAUGCAAAAUGUUCCUGCCGUAAUCAAGCUAAGCAACCCAAGAAGUCAACAAACUUUACCCAGUGCUACAGAGCUACAGCGGAGAGCUGUGGCGGUGACGCACACAUGCACACUCACACCCAGCCUGGAACUCCCGUGGAAAUAUAAUGUGCAGUUCAAACUGCAACGCCUCAGAACACAACACAACCUGCAAUAUGCAACAUGCCCCUUUAAAAAGCACACACCAUCUGCCUUAUUUGCAAUUUCGAUUUGCUAUUUAUGGCCAGUCGACAUCCUUCUAUGCAACUUUUUGAUCCAUGCUUAUGGGCAGAAAGGGUUGAGUCUGUGGCCGCAUCCACAUCGUACAUUUAAAGCACCUCUGAGGCACAUUGACAGCACAUGGCUUUCUCCAAAGAAUUCUGGGAACUGUAGUUUGUUACAGGUUAUAGCAGGCAUAGGCAACCUCAGCCCUCCAGAUGUUUUGGGACUACAACUCCCAUGAUCCCUAGCUAACAGGACCAGUUGUCAGGGAUGAUGGGAAUUGUAGUCCCAAAACACCUGGAGGGCAGAGUUUGCCUAUGCCUGGGUUAUAGGAACUAUAGCUCUGUGAGGGGGGAACUACAGUUCCCAGGAUUCUUUGAGGCAGGGGAAUCAUUUGUUUUAAAUAUGAAUUGGAUGUGCUUUUUAAAAUUCAUGGUGCAGAGCUGUCCUUAGAAAGGACACUGGCUGAAAGGAAAGCGUUCAGGUCCAUUUGGCUUCAUGAGUUUUACUGCCAUUUGCACUCCCCCUCAAUAUUUUUAUUAGUUUUCACAGAGAAAAAUCAGUCUUUUAACAAAAUUUUUUUAUUAAAUCUAUAUACUGGAUCACCAAAAAUUCCAAAAAAUGGGAUUGCUUAGCUCCUUCUCUCUACUCCUGCCCCUGGUUCCUUUACAAUAUUUUAUUUUAUGUAUGUCCAUAUUACUUCUUAACUCUCUUAACUUCCCAUUUUAUACUUUCUUCAUAAAAUUACAAGUGCUCCCUGAAAUCCUGCCAAUG